AUGGCAUCGACGCAGCAGUUCGACGAGGCCGAAGGUCUUUGGGACGACCCAACGAAUGGCAUAGCCGCUUGCACACUGUGCGGUGCGCCACUAAACCCUCCUGGGUAUUAUUCACGCGAACAGCGCUGGACCAGCCAGGCCGUCCUCUUGGCGGAUCCCAUUAUCGACUUCAGCAAGGACCCCUUUCUGCUGGACAUAUUGCCCAAAUCGCUGCUCCAACAGGAACGCACCAUCACUCGAUAUACUGCCGUGCCGCUGGCGCAACAGUACUUUCGGAUCAGUGAUGGAGAACGAAAAGACACUGCUGUCGCAGUAAACCAGACCUCGGGCGACUUCCAUUCGGAGCUCUUCAUCCCAGCGCACGAAGCUUGUACCACUAUCCUGGACCGCUUUCUAGGCGUGGGAUACCCAGCGCUUGCUCCUCAAACCGGCACGUGGACGAUGUCCAAGGUCUGGGACGUCUUACGCUUGCGCUUGGAAGCUGUAUCGGGCAGCCACGAAAGUUCCGGAGAUGCGAUGUAUGGCAUUGACCAAGUAGGAGAACCGCACAGCUUCUACAUAAGCUCCCCCUGGCAAUGGGCCGCUCAGUGGGGAGAUGCGGAAUCACUCUACGACCCCAUCAAUGUUGGGCCCUACACCGACGUUCUUCUCAACCAUGCGAGACGGUCUUCAGACUCACAAAGCAGCCUACCACCCAACGACGCAUGUGCGCGACUCCGAGGACGCAUUGAGCAACUACCGCAAGAACUGCAAGACCACAUCCUGGAGGACAUGCGUCCCUCGUCCCGGAUUCCGCGCACUUGUGGCCGUGUCGCGGCGCGCAUGCCCUGGAUGCACAAGCCAAGCUUCGCACAACUUUCUCCAGAAGUCCAAGACCGCAUUCUCAGUGACAUGGAUCCGUGUUCUCCCCUUCCGCUCACUUGCAACCGUGUCUUGCCGCCGUCGGCGUGGAAACGCAUCCUUUCCGAAGCUCUACUCACACCGUAUCUCUGGGACAUCGACACGUCUUCGCUCCCUUCGCAGGACUCGGGCAUUGACUACGAGUUCCUAGUCCGGCAACUCACCCAGUCCGAAGUCUUCAACGGGGGAAGAGAGGGAGAUGACUGCUAUGACAGCUGUGAGGGCCAGUUACUCCAAGAUGCUCCCGUCGGACUGCGCAACCGAAGAAGGAUCUGGCGGGUCUUGGAGAGCAUGCGGGCGGGAGAUAUGGCGCAUGUUAAGCGGCCCGGGUAUGGAGAGUUGUCCAUCUUUGGACCGGAUGAGGAGUCAGAGGAGGGGGAUGACGACGAAUGA